UUGCUCUACAAAAUAAAAAAGAAGCAAUUGCAUUUAAAUCUCACAAUAGGCCCUUGUUGAACUUUGUCGACCAUUCUCUAUAGUGGAAUGCAGCAAAGGCCUGUAUUAUACUCGUAUUGGAGAAGUUCUUGCUCUUGGAGAGUUCGUAUCGCAUUAGCAGUCAAAAACAUUGACUAUGAAUACAGGACCAUCAACUUGAUAAAGAACGGAGGCGAGCAGUGGCAGCCGGAAUAUGAGACUCUUAAUCCAAGUCAUACCGUGCCGACUUUGAUCAUCGACGGUAAUACCAUUGGACAGUCCGUUGCUAUUAUGGAGUACUUGGAAGAAACGCGACCACAAGUGCCGUUGUUACCAAAGGAACCUGGUCAGAGAGCAAAAGUUCGUCAAGUGGUGGAAACAGUGAAUGCUGAUACCCAACCUUUGCAGAAUUUAAGGGUUUUACAGUGGCUGCAGAAAGAAGCUGGGGAAGAAAAGAGAAACGCCUGGCUUCAACAUUUUCUUACCCUUAACAUACAAGCUGUGGAACAGUUGCUUCGACGUUAUUCAGGGAAGUUUAGUGUCGGAGAUGAAAUAACUUUAGCCGAUUGUGUUAUACCGCCACAAUAUUAUUCUGCAAUUCGGUAUAAAAUCUCUUUGGAUAAUUGUCCAAACUUUGUCAGAGUUGCAAAGACUUUAGAUGAGUUGCCGGCGUUUAAAAAGGCUCAUGCGUUCAGUCAGCCUGAUGCACCUGAAAAUCCUGAAUAUUAAUAGUUUUCCUUGUCGAAUAAAAUUUUAGUUUGUGGAAUCUAUAUCAAUUUCAAAGAAAGGGUGAGAAGAAUGA